CCUGCCCUUCACGCAAUGGUUCCGCCCAGCGCGGUGGCGCAAGGCGCCUGCGGGCAACGCAUGCGCAGUGGCGGCGGGGCCAUGGCGGCGGAGGCGCCGCUGCCCCCGGCGGCGCGGGCGCCCCCUGGCGGUGCCGCGGGGCGGGAGGCGGCGGCGGCCCCGGGCGGGGGGGCGGCCCGGGCCGAGGGCACCGAGGGGCUGUUCGUGGUGCUGGGAGCCGGGCUCACCGCCGCCAGCCACCCGCUGCUCUACGUCAAGCUGCUCAUCCAGGUCGGGCAUGAGCCGCUGCCUCCAACUGUUGGCAGAAAUGUGCUGGGAAGGAAAGUCCUGUACCUGCCCGGCUUCUUCACCUACGCCAGACACAUCGUGGAGGUGGAUGGGAAAAGAGGCCUCUUCCGCGGCCUUACUCCUCGCCUCAUCUCAAGCACUUUAUCAACCAUCACCAGGGGGAGCGUGAAGAAGGCCUUUCCACUGGAAGACAUGGAGCACGUUUCUAACAAGGAUGAUGUGAAGACCUCCCUUAGGAAAGUGGUGAAAGAGACCUCUCACGAGAUGAUGAUGCAGUGCGUGUCCCGGCUUGUCUCACACCCGCUGCACGUGAUCUCCAUGCGCUGCAUGGUCCAGUUUGUGGGCCGGGAAGUCAAAUACAGCGGUGUGUUCAGUGCCAUCGGCAGGAUAUUUAAGGAAGAAGGGAUCCUGGGAUUCUUUGUCGGUUUGGUCCCUCAUGUCCUGGGGGACGUCAUCUUCCUCUGGUGCUGCAAUCUCCUGGCUCACUUCAUCAACACCUACGCGGUGGACGACAACUUCAGCCAGGCAUCGGUGAUCCGGAGCUACACAAAAUUUGUGAUGGGGAUCGCCGUGAGCAUGCUGACGUACCCAUUCCUUCUCGUGGGAGAUCUCAUGGCAGUGAACAACUGUGGGUUGCGCGCCGGCCUCCCCCCCUACGCUCCCGCCUUCGCAUCCUGGAUCCACUGCUGGAGGUAUCUCAGUGCUCAGGGGCAGCUGUUCCGCGGCUCCAGCCUCCUCUUCCGCAGAGCGCCCGUGCCCGCCGCCUGCUUCCCCAUCGACUGACUCCUCGGCAGGGACAGCUGACGAACUUGGACUCCUCUAGAAACCCCAAGCUUGUUUCAAUAUAUAUUUUUUUUCUUUUUCGAUCCAAAAAUCCAUGAGCCAGAGCAAGACACCCCCUCUCCAGCAAGGCCAGUGACAAAUUGCCUUCUGGAGAUCUGGCUUCAGGCUCUAGCUGGACCAAAGCUCCAUCCUCAUGACUGUCUCGGACAGGAUGUGUAUCAGAGCAGAAGGAUGUUGUCUUGUCUCUUUGAUCCAGGUUGUAGCUCUGGAAUCACUGGGGAGGUCCAGAAAACCAGAAGAUGUCCAAACACUAAACGAUCCAGCCGUGAGAUAUGGGGACAGGAGGUGGUUUUGUUCUGCCAGAGCUCAGAAGCAGCAGAUCUGAGGUCGCCUCGCUGGGAUGGCACCGCCAGCUGACCAACCUCAACCCUGCAACCCGUAUUGAAGGUUUUGAGGGUUCCUGAACACUGGGGAGCUCCCAGUCUCCCACAGGCCUGAAAGGGAAAUCACAGGAUCAAACAGCAAAGGGAAACUGAGUCCCACCACAAAGAGGAGCGCGGUCCCAAAGAGACGGGCACGGCUCGGCUCCCGAAGCCCAGCAGCAUCCUGCCGAUAGCGAUGGACAGAAGGGUUACCCUCACGGGGCUGAUUGCCUGGUAAAAAGGGAUGAAGCUCACUCUGGCCAAAGGUUUGCGAGGGGCUGAGGGUUCCUCAUGCACACAGGAGCUUGGCCAGCCCUCGCAUAACAGAGCUCAGCAGCGCAGGAUUUAUCCUCAGCUCCCCAGAUGAAGAUAUUUGCACCAGUCUGUGCUGUGACAGCAGCCAGGCAGAUGUUUCCCCCCACUUCGGUUCCCCCGUCCAGCAGUGUUUUGCACAGAGUGGUGUUGCUGCGCUCCCUGGGAAGAGGUUUUGGGGUCCUGGAGCAGGUUCCCACGUGCUGCUGCAGCAGGAACUGGGGUCACAUCCCAUCGUGGUCCUCUGGGGACCCCAACCUGCCACUGCACAGGGGUUUUCACCCUCAGAUGGGUUUGGUCCACAUCUCCCAGCCGGGUCCGCGGGGCAGCACUGGUACACGCUGGCACCGCUGGUUCCCACCCAGUCCCGUCGGUGUCGUGAAGUCGGUCCCGUCUGUCCUCCCUCCUUCCAGUUCGUGUUAAAUUAACAGAAGUUAAAUAACGCAUGACCCUGCUCCCUAACACCAGAGAUUAUUUCAAAGAGGAUUUAACUAUGCUCCAAAAUACAGGUGUAAAACAACAA